CAGAGCUUUCCAAACCACAACCAAGAACUCAGAGGUGUUGGAAUCAUGGCCGGACCUACACCUCUCCGCCUCGAUCCUGCCUAUGAGAAAUAUAACCAAUUAAACAAAGAACGGUGGAGAUACUUCCGCUGGACUCCUCGAACAGCAUGGAUUUCAUUCAUGUACGCAAUCUUCGUGCCUACGGUGGUCGGAUAUACCUUCGCAAAGACUGAUGGAAAAUGGAAUAUGCGAGGGAAGUUGCGAGGCGACACCAUCAGCGAGUUUUGAUUUGGAAAAAGCAGGUCUUCGAACCCUUGAAGAAAAUGGAGAUCCACACGGUUGUAGAUAUGAAUGAACGGCGCCGGGAAACAACAUUCCUGGCUUUCUGCGCUUGAUAUCUCAGAUCCGUCAGAUACGGAGUCGAUCACGCACCCUUGAAAACACCAAGCCUGAUUCCAAGAUUUUAUUCUCCAACCCUCGCUGUGAAUGCCACUUUCCUCUGAUGGCUGUCGCCAUGGCUCCGCGGCUCUGAUACGUGGUUGUCAGAAAGUGACCGAUACGCCUAACAUCAGCCUCUUCAAGAACCACAGCUUUGAAGUGCCAUUGACAUGCCAGCCCAGGAUGUGGAUUCUCACUUCUCCAACUCAUCAUCUAGCUGUUGUGACGGCGUUGCAGCUGAGAGGAGAUAUGUCGCGCCAUAAAUAGGCAAGCAAGUCAGGAGCACCAACGUGUCUGGGAAGAAUUGCACCGUUUCAGGCUGUUUCCAUCCACACUUGAUACCAGAA